CCGAGGACCAGAGACAUGUUUUGAAGAUGUCGCAAGCGUGCACGGGGCGACGGGAGCUUUGUGCCAUGGAUGCGCAUGACCUCCAACGGAUGAUUUCGGCACCCCAUGAUUGUUGCGCUCACGGACGGCGGUACUUUUUCAAGGGUGGGUGGCGCAACCAGAACGAGCUUGAGAAUUUGAUGAACGAGGAAAGAGGCAAGAGGCCCCCCGUUUGUGUUGUCGGUUGCUUUGCGAACGAAGUGCCCUGUUUGAAGAAAGAGCCAUGCUUGCUGCAAUUCUUUCUCCGACCGGGCACUUCGGACAUCCGAGUGCUAGCGCAGUUGUAUGAGGAGUCCGAGUACUCUUUCGUAAGCGAGUACAACCUUAAGACGAUUCUCGACGGCGGAGGCAACGUCGGACUGGCGUCGUUGAUCUUCGCUAACUUCGUCAACGAACCCGGGCUGGGAAACGAGUGGGGCACGAUGGUACAGCAGUCGAAGGAAGGGGUACCGGCCAUGACGGUCGACGUCAUUCAGGAUCUGUUCAACGUAGCACAUUUCGAUUUCGCAAAGAUCGACAUCGAAGGAGCAGAGAAGGAAGUGUUCACGCCGUCGGAGACUAACACGAUGGAGUGGCUGACAGCCGUUCCGCUUGUUAGCGUGGAGAUGCACGACUGGAUGAAGGCUGGUUCUUCUCAGCCUGUUAUGAAGGUGUUCGAUACAGGGUUAGAUACCUUCAGGUCGGGCUGUAAUUCCAGCCAGAUACGUCGAGGAAGUCCUAGUGUGAGUACUAUGCUCUUAAGAAGUAUCUGUUAUCAAUUACAAGUUGGGAGGGAGGAGGAGGAGGAAGGAAGAGGAGGAGGGAUGAGGAGGAGGGAGGCAGAGGAGGAGGGACGAGGAGGAGGGAGAAGGAGGGAAGAGGAGGGAAGAGGAGGGGAAUGGGACGAACAAUAGGGAGGGCCAUAGGGUCUUGCUCCGCUACUCUCGAAAUGUGCAAAAGCAGAAUGAAUAUUCCGCUAGAAC